AUGGGUCAGGCAUUUCGUCGAGCAACUGGAAGGAAUGCAGUCGAUCGGAAACCACCUGUCAACCCCACCGAAGAGGUCAAGAUCUCCCGGACUGCUGCUCCAUUCCACGGACGCAAUCGUCCUAGUAAACUCCUCUUUACUCACUUCAAUGCCAACAAUGUGCUUGAAGAACGAGAACCCAGACAUGAUGAAAUGCUCGGUCAAAUGCUGGGAAGAGUCAGAACAAAGCCUGGAGGAAAACUUGAGAUGGGUGAGUCAUCAGUGGGGGAAAGAGAUAAUAGACCAAUGCCGCAACUUCCAAACACCACACUGGAUAAGGAAAGGCCUGUCCCUCCAGGAACCUUAAAUGGCAAGGCUGAGGACCACGAGGGGCCUAUGGAUGCUAAUCAGAUUGCUGAGAAGUGCAGACUUGCUGUCGUCCAGGUUAAGCCAAUCUUGCAGUUUCUAGCAGGGCCUUCAGAAAAUAGCAGUAAACGGAAAACCCAUCAGUGA